AUGCUAGCCAACAUACCAUCCAUGCGCUUCGUCGCUACUUCAAUCCUCCUCUUCACAUCCGCUACUACCGCCGCCCCAUCAAGAACCCAAACACAAUGUCGAUGUGAAAUCGUCCAAGAAGCAGCGUCACCUGCAUACACACCUUCUGCCGCACACUGGUCCCCGGCCAACCCAUCACCCAGCCCCAGUCCCGUAGAUGUCUGCUCUAGUCUAGCCGUCCAACUCGAGCGCUUCCAGCAUACCGAGCCGGAACUGUACAAUGUGUAUAUGCGACAUGGCAAGAAGCCAGUACCAACACACGUACUCAUGGCCGGCGCAUCAAGCUCAGAAACACAAAACGCAGUCGCUUCUUCUUCAUCGUCACCGUCGCCGACACCACAACAACACGGCCGGAUAAGAUGUUCCGCCGCGCCUAAAACACACCACCUCAGACUACAAAUCCUCCUUCCUCAGCCUCUGGGCCCUCAAAUCGUCAUCGUAGUCUCAAUCCUCGCAUGCAUCGCCGAAGGCAUCCACCUCGGUAUCCAACACAUCCGCUCCACCUCCUCAUCAACCUCCCUACCCCUCCCCUCCUCCACUCCCACAACCCCCAUCUUCGAGCGCUCCAACCGCCUCCGCCUCGUAGGCUCCGAACAACGUCUCCUCGCCAUCCCCACGGGCCCCCACAUGACCGACCUCGUCGCCAGCCCGGGAGCGGAAAAGAAACUUCGCGCGUACGAAUCCACAAAGUACUUUGUUACGCGGUAUGCGAGUGGGCGCAAGGAAUUCAUCGCGUAUGAGGAUGAUAGUGAUGAUGAGAGUAAUCGGCCGGUUAUGUAAAGACGUUGUUGUUGAGCGGUGAUGGUUCCGAUCUUUUGGGUGAUUUGAUUGUCUUUCUUUUGACGCGAUAUGAGCGUGCGAGUUCUUUGGUUUUUGGAUUGUAUAUAUCUUUGAGCGUCUGUUGAUGUUACUCCCGGUGGUGGGAGAUGGAUACCGGCCGUAAAGGCGCGGGUUCAAUGUUACGAAGUUGAUGCAUGAA